AAUAUUUUCUUCUCCUUCCAUGUCUUUCUUCCCGCCCCCUCUGUAUCCCCACCUUUCUUGGUGUUCCCGCAGUGCUUCGCUGACCACAUUCUGAAAGAGCUGGAUCACUUUCCUCCUGAGAAGAGACGUGAAGUGGUCAUUCUUUUUUCUGCUCACUCACUGCCAAUGUCUGUGGUCAACAGAGGGGACCCCUAUCCUCAGGAGGUGGGCGCCACUGUCCAAAGAGUCAUGGACAAGCUGGGUUACUCCAACCCCUACCGACUGGUUUGGCAGUCCAAGGUCGGCCCGAUGCCCUGGCUGGGUCCUCAGACAGACGAGGCCAUCAAAGGGCUCUGUAAGAGGGGAAGGAAGAACAUCCUUUUGGUUCCGAUAGCGUUUACCAGCGAUCACAUUGAAACUCUGUAUGAGUUGGACAUUGAAUACUCUCAAGUUCUAGCCAAUGAGUGUGGACUUGAAAACAUCAGAAGAGCGGAGUCUCUUAAUGGAAACCCACUGUUCUCGAAGGCCCUGGCCGACCUGGUCCACGCACACCUCCAGUCCAAGGAGCGCUGCUCCACGCAGCUGACCCUGAGCUGUCCGCUCUGCGUGAACCCCACCUGCAGGGAGACCAAGUCCUUCUUCAGCAGCCAGCAGCUGUGACCCCGGCGGCGCCGCGGGGCGGUGCGGGCGCCCGGCCGCCGGCCGCCUGCGAGGCGGAGGAGGGCGCCUCCGGCCCUUAGAGAGGAAGUGGCAUCCGUGGGCGUAGCCUCAGGCCACACGCUGUGUGCUUUCUCCGGGAACGGACUCUGGAGCCCUCCUUGAGGGCUUUCAACGCACCAAGCGUUUAUGGUCCCCCUCCCUGGCUUAAGUUUGGAAGGUCCACUAGGCUAUUUUUUGAAAUGAGUUUUAAAAAUUUAUCUUCUGAGAUGCACACACACUCUCAGUACGGAUUUUGGUUUUAUAGCCCCCACCCCCCAAAGGAAACCCCGCAAGGGUGUGAGGAGCUUGCUUUGGGGGCUGUCAGUGUGCGUGUGCUGGGGAUGCUUUCGUUGCUCAGCCGUGUCCGGCUCUGCGACCCACUGACUGUAGCCCCCCGCGCUCCUCCGUCCGCGGGAUUCUCCGCGCGAGAACGCUGGAGUGGACGGCCAGUUCCUUCUCCAGUGUGUGUGAGGUCUGUCUAAAGCCUCGCACUUGUGUCUGAAGUGAGCAUUGUUGAGUAAGUGAGAUAUAAUUUGAGAGACGAAAGGCGCCUCCCCCUUCCCUCAGCCCGUGGAUUGUAGAGUGCCGGUCCGAUGGGGUGGUUCCUACAGUGACUGCUCCCGGAGGUCGCUGUUAAUCGGUCCUUUUGCUCUUCGUGUGUGAACCUCACGUUCCUCACCAUCAAACUGAAUCAAGUGUAGGUUCCAAAAGUGCUCUUGAGUUUCCCCAGGUGCACAGGGUUGAUAAGCGUGUGGUAGUUGCACAUUUGUCCUCCCACCUUGGUGGGGAUCCUGGUGGCGCAGGAGAGGGGGUUCCUGCUGACCGCUGUCUCCAGGGGCAGCGCAGCGGGACCUGAAGGGAAGGCCUGCCACUCACAGCUCCUCCCCAGACCUCCCCGCCCAGCAUCUUCAUCUUGGUUGAAUGUCCCCUUUCCUGCCUUAUUUGUUUGAAGAGUUUUGAAAAGUCAACUAUGUUUUGUAACCUCAAAUUCUUAAUUUACAAUUUUUAUUAUAAAAAUUAUGUAACCGUGCUAUAGGAAAUUUGGAAAAGAGAAACGGAAAAGAACCACUCUAAUGUGACAACUAUUAAUCAUGUUGUUAUAUUUCAUGUUAAGUCAUUUUCAGUGGAUAUUUAAGGUGCCAUUGUACAACUUUGUUCUUCCAAAAAAGCAUUUGAUUUUUUUUUUAAGCCAGUGAAAGUAUUCAUGGAGCCAUAGAUCUUCUAUAUUCAGGGUUUACUAUAUUAAUAAAUACAAUAUUAUUAAGAUUUUAA